GUUAAGGUCAAAGAGAUUUUAAAACAAAACCCUCCGUGUCUGAAGAUCACGAUACGAGUUCACCGCCGGGAACAACAAGAGGCGCGAGUCGAUCAAGAUCAUGGAUUUGGAAAAACUACUUUCUGAAUCACAAAAGCUUGCCCAAGAAGAAUGUCAUUCAGAAGUCAGUCCUCUGCAUCUUGCGGCCACUUUGAUUUCAGAUAAAAAUGGAAUUUUUUUUCAAGCUAUCACUAAGCUUGGAGGGGAAGGUGCUGUUUCGUCAAUUGAAAGGGAGCUUAAGAGAGCUUUAAAACAACAAAUACAGUCUCAACCUCCUACACUCUCUUCUGAUGUUGCACAAAAGAAGGGAAAGAAGAAAAAGAAGAAACGCAUUCUUGAAAACUCUGCUGUAUUGUUGUUGAGAAAUGGUGCCAAAAGUGUGGAAGAUUUGAUUUUGGGUCUUCUUGAAGAUAGAUGUAUCAUGGAAGCCUUGAAAGAAACUGCUGUUCAACCGAAAAUGUUGAUGCGUGUGGUGAAACAACUCCGGGAACCAAAUUUUCUGGCCCUGCACACAUACGGAACAGACUUUGUGGCGACAUCACUCCUCAUCGACCCUGUCAUCGGGAGAGAAACAGAGAUCGAUAACGUAAUACGUGUUCUCUUAAAGAAGAAUAAAAACAAUCCUGUAUUGGUUGGGAAAACUGCUGUCAUUGAAGGGUUGGCUCAAAGGAUACGCUUAGGAAAUGUUCCAACACCUCUGCAAGGUAUAAGAAAAGGUAUAAGAAUCUUUGCAUUAGCAGCGGGGACUAGGAAUAGAGGUGAUUAUGAAGAGAGGCUGCUAGGUGUUAUAAAAGAAGUAGAAGAAGCUAAUGGGAAUGUCGUCAUGUUUUUUGAUGAGAUUCUCCUUGGUGCCGGUGGUGACGGUUCAAAUGAUGCUGCGAAUAUGCUCAAACCCAUGCUCGCUAGAGGUUCGUCUCGGUGCAUUGGCGCAACAACUAUUGAAGAAUACCAAACCUACAUUCAACGAGAUGCCGCAUUUGAAAGAAGAUUCCAGAGAGUAAACGUGCGGGAGCCCACUAUCUCUCAAACUAUCGAAAUACUUCGCGGGCUGAGAGACAUGUACGAGAAAUAUCACAAAGUGAAGAUAGAGGAUAUGGCUCUCGUGUUUGCCGCACAACUCUCUUCCCGAUAUAUCACAGAUCGUUAUUUUCCAGACAAGGCUAUUGACGUGCUUGACAAUGCAUGUGUGAAUGUUCGAGUGACACUCGAAGGGAGCUCUGUUGGACCGGCUAAUAUUUCUGAGGCGGUAAGCCAAAUGAGUGGAAUCCCGGUUUCUAAAAUUGGCCGAACCGAGAAAGAGAAUCUUAUAGGCCUGGCAGAAAAGCUCCACGAGAGAGUGGUUGGACAAGAUGAAGCAGUAAAUGUGGUUGCUGAUUCGAUUCUGAGAUCAAGGACCGGAAUAGGAAGUCCAGGGAAACCGAUUGGAUCGUUUCUUUUCCUCGGGCCUACUGGAGUAGGCAAAACGGAGUUGGCCAAGGCUGUGGCCGAAAUUCUGUUUCAGGGGGAGAAAGGACUCAUCCGUAUAGAUAUGACAGAGUAUAUGGAAGAACACACGGUUUCCAGACUCAUUGGGGCACCACCGGGGUAUGUUGGCUAUGAGAAAGGUGGACAGCUUACAGAUGCUGUCCGUAAAAGACCGUACUGUGUCAUACUCUUGGAUGAGGCAGAGAAAGCCCACACAGCAGUUUUCAACACACUUCUUCAAGUGUUUGAUGAUGGCAGAUUAACCGACGGGCAAGGACAGACUGUGGACUUCAAGAAUGCAGUGAUAAUUAUGACAUCAAAUCUUGGUGCAGAGAAACUGGCCUUAGCCCUUAAUAGUGAGAUUUCAAUGUCAGUUGCCCGGGGACGUGUGAUGGAAGAUGUCAAACGGUUUUUCAAACCUAAACUUCUGAAUAGGCUGGACGGUGUAGUGAUCUUUGAGCCUCUCUCUCACAAGGUGAGGAGGAAAGUAGCUGAGCGACAAAUGAAAUCACUUAAGGACCGGCUCAUGCAAAAGGGCAUCACUUUGGCAUGGACAGAUUCUACUGUCGACUUCAUUUUAAAAAAGUGUCAUGACCCGGGGAAUGGGGCGAGGCCCAUCCAAAGGUACAUCGAGAAUAUGAUUGUCACCCAUCUCUCUAAAAUGAUCGUUGAGGAUAAAAUUGGUGAGAACUCAUGGGUAUGCAUCGAUGGGAGUGACGCUUCGACUGAACUUAUCUACCGAGUGAGAGACGAGAAGAUGAUUGAUUAGAUAGUUAGACUUUAGAUGGAAAUUGGAAAAAUCAUAUAGAUAGAGAAUAUUCUUUUUGAUAUGCAUAGAUAGAGAAUAUAUACAAAAGCAUAAUUAGGCGAACUGAUUUUUGUUUGACAAUUUGUGACAUAUGAAAGAAAAAACUGAUGUUGUUUUGCCAUUUGGCAAUGAUUUUUUUGAUAAAAAUUUGGCAUUGAA